UUGCAAGAGGCAGAGCUUUAAGGUAGCUAGGCUCAUCCUUCCCCUGCAAUGUCUGACUUUUGUUGCAACCAGAAAGAUGUAUGAAAGAGAGCAGGGCUGUCUGGCUCAAUCAAUUGAACCCUGGGUGAUAUAUAUGAGGUCGUGAUCUAAUAAGGGGAGAUAAUUAACUUUGUUCCUCUCGGAUGAAUCAUUAUGACGACUGAAUUGGUGUCAGUGUUUUCUGACAGGAUGCCAAUAAAGGGGAAGUAUGUGGCGGGCAGACAGGUGUCACGGUGGGAUGCGGAAUCUGACAACGUAGACAUUCAAUACCGUCACUUCGACAACCCAGCGUCUCCCGGACUUGUGGAGUUCUUCUCUGGCAGGAAAGGAAACGUCCUCAAAGUCCUGCUUCUUGUUGUCUGCUUCUUUGUCGGUCUUAUCAUCGGUUACGUCAUAAGAAGAAAUAUACAUGAAAAAUACAUUGCUCCCUUAAACACACCUACACCCAUGCCCAUUCCAAGAAUUUACCAGGAUUAUGAUCCCUCCAUUAGACAGAGUCUACAAGAUGACCUACAGGACAUUGUCAAUAUUGAAGAUCACAUCAAGAUAUGGACAUCAGCUAUUGGACUUGCUGCCGUGGGAUCGACUCUAAAAGUGGUGAUGGGUACACACGACAUGUGGCAGUAUUUCCCUCUGGACGGUCUGUCCUGGACAAACUACACAGUGUUACUGUCAUAUCCAUUUCUGCAGAGUCCAAACAGAACCAGUAUAACCCUGGAACAGCCAGACGGCAGCACUGUAUGGAACGCCAGCUUCAACCUCUCCUCCGAACAUCCGGAGCAGAUGCCAUUUAAUGCGUACUCACCGGAGGCAUCUGUGAAGGGGAAAUUGGUAUUUGCUAAUUUUGGAAGGAAGACAGAUUUCCAUACUCUAGACAGUCUUGGGGUUUCCAUCAACAACAGCAUAGUACUGAUCAAAUAUGGCAAGAUCCACCCCGCGAAUAAGGUCAAGCAUGCAGAAGAUUAUGGAGCUGCGGGGGUGAUACUUUAUCCUGACCCCCUGGACUUUGCCAACAACAACACAGAGGCGGUGUACCCCAGCACCUGGUGGCUCCCAGGGUGGGCCGUCCACUCCCACCACGUCAGGUACACACUGAUGGGUGACCCACAAAGUCCAGGCUACCCAUCACUAGAUGGUGUUUAUCAACAACCCAAUCCUAAGGAUAACUGUCUGGGAUGUCCCCGAGUUCCAGUGCAGUCCAUAUCAUACAACGACGCCAGAUCUCUCCUCAGAUCUAUGAAUGGCAGUGCAGUACCAGAUGACUGGAUUGGGGGUCUGGGUGUACCAUACAAAACAGGGCCUGGUCACACUGAUGACAGGUUGGUGAAUUUAACAGUAAUAAGAGACCUGGUACCAAGAAAAAUUUCAAAUUUAGUGGCAGAAAUCAAGGGACAAUAUGAAAAAGACAGGUUUAUUAUUAUUGGAGCACAUAUUGACUCGUGGAACAGAGGAGGGGUAGACUCGGCCAGUGGAUAUGCUGUAUUGUGGGAACUCUUACGCACCUUCAGCUUCCAUUCAAAUAAAGGUUACAGACCAAGAAGAACUCUGAAGUUUGCAUUAUGGGAUGCUUCUAAAUAUGGACACGUUGGAUCAUUCGAAUGGGUGCAGGAAAUGGAAAAGGAGAUUGGGUUAGGAGCCAUUGCUUACAUCAAUCUGGACACAGUAGUUAGAGGAAACUAUACCUUCUUUGCUGAGAGCAGCCCUCUGUUGUAUGAUGUGAUAAGACAGGCGGCUGACACAGUAAAAUGUUCUGAUCCGGAUUACCAGGACAAGUCAGUACUGGAGAGGUGGACCAAAACAUAUCGUGAUCUGGAUAAUCCAACACAGCCAAAGAUUGAGGGUCUACAGGGGGACAGUGAUCACUCCCCGUUCUACUAUUACCUCGGGGUGCCCUCCCUCUCCCCAGCGUACACCUAUAACCCAAAGAAAUAUCCAAACCUUCCAAGUUAUCCAGCUUUCAAUACAUUGGAGGACACAAAAGACUAUCUCACAAAUUUCACAGACAGGAAUAACUACACUCUCCAUGUCAAAGUCACACAGAUUGUAGCAGACGUCAUUCUACGCCUCAGUGAUUCAGCAUUGAUUCCAUUUAAUGUUCAAUAUAUUGCAGAUUUACUUGUUAGAGGGAAAAAUAAAUUAAAGAGUAUGGAGAUGAAUUCAACAUAUGUAAAUUUAGGUUUUCUCUUCUCAGAAAUUGACAAGUUUUCAAACAGAGCCAGAUUAUUACAAACAAACUUAACACAUUUGGAUAAAUCAAAAUUAAAUGAAGAAGUUCUCUAUGAUAUAAAUGACAAUCUUAUUCAACUACCAAGAAUAUUUAUUGUUAGCAGUGGUCUUCCAGAAUUUCCUCAAUAUAGAAAUGUGCUUGUGGCACCACAUCCCGAAAAUCUGUACAAGACUCAGAUAUUCCCGGGGGUUAUUUGGGGGUUUGACAGGGGACAAAGCUCCGGUGAUUGGUCAAGAAUGCGGACCCAAGUGUCUCUGCUAGCAGUAGCCAUCAGACAAGCCAGUUAUAACCUGCAGUCUAUAUCAACAGUCAUCAACAGUCUAUCAUAGCAUUCCAUUUAGCAUGUUUGUCCAUUCUGUGUUUAUAAGAAUUUUUUUGUUCCAUGAACUGCUCAAAACUGCUGAACGAAAAUUAUAUACUGCCAAGGAGGGGAAGAGUUAUGAAUUUUCAACUGGUAGAUUUUCAUUUCUGUAUGUCUGUAUGUAGCUGUAUAGUAAUUGGGGCAGCUUAAAUGAGUAUAUUUCAAUAUUUUGAAAAAAAAAAGCUAUUUCAAGAAGGAUUUGAAGUAAAGGUUUCAAGUUUCAGAAUCAUAUUCACUUUUUGCAUAAAAAGAGCAUUUCUGAUGAAAUGAACAUUUGAAAUAAAUUCCAACAGCAGUGUAUUUUGAAUGGUUCUGAUAUUCAAGGUAUGAAAUGGUACACUGAUAUGAUAUUAAUUUGAAUGAAUAGCCUUGAAGUUCAUGUAAUUGAAAAUAUACCAGUUGAAAAUAAUUUUAUCAGUGAUAUAAGUUGUCUGUUUUAAAAACAGAUUAUGUCCAUAUGAAAUAUAUCUGUAACAUUUUUUGCUAUUUGUGAAUUUCACUCAGCUGAGCUGCUGUAUAUUUACAGUAUUUUUUCCAUGUCCAAACUUAACAUUGUCAGUAUUUAUCACCAAGAGAAAAUUACAUCAUUGUAAAUUUUUUCACUGUCUCAAAAAAUCCAACUCUUCCAUCAUUAGCCAUUAUUUUACCAGUGUUUCUUUUCUUAUAUAACCUUUUUUUAAUCUUUACAUGUUUAUAUACACAUUGUUUUGCUUCAUUUUGAUUCUUCCAUUAUUUUUUUCCUGCUAGCUUUCUUCCAUUUUUGUAUGUGACAUGUGUGUUUGUAUAUGUGUGUUGGGAAGGGAAAAGGGGUAUAUUUUUAUUUAUCAGUAUUUUAAGGGGCAUUUACUAGAGAAAUAAUGCAUUUAUAGAUUGCUUGUUAGUUUGAUCCUUUCUAUGAACAAAAUACUUAAAUAAUCCUCAAAUGAUUUACAUAAUAGCAUGCACUUAGUUUUUUCAGGGAUUAAUUAAUACAUCAAUUUAUACGUCAUUUGAAAGAAAUGUAUUUGAAGCUCUCCAGGGAUGAUCUGGUCCAAUUUCUCUUUCAUCUGUUUUCUAUAAUCUUAAUUGCUUAUUGCAUACAAAUCUAUUGCUAUAAUGGUUUAACUGGGUUUUAAGUCUCUUAUUAUUGUACAGUGUAGAUAUUCAAAGAAUUCAUAUCAUUAUUCAUGUAUAUGUAUUUAUACCAAAAUCUUGGGAGAUUUUUUUUUCAAUGAUAUUAUUUCAUUCCAACUAUUGUUAGACUGAAGCUAAUUUUUCGUUGUUCUAUUUACAAAGAUUUGUAGGUCUGUUUCCCCCCUCCCCCUUUUUUAAAAUUAUUUUCAAAUACUACUACAUUUUGCAUAAAUAUGGACAUCUUCUAUACAUGCACAUGCAGUCAAACCUCCUGAUCUGAAACUUGAUUUGACAAAAGAAAACAACUUUGAAAUUAGCAUGAGUAAAUGUAUUUGAAAUAUCAAGGAUUAAUUUAAACUUAAAGGCUAAGUGGUUGGGACCUCCGAUUCACUCUGAAAUACCCAUGGUAUUGGAGAUAUCAGUGGUUGAGAUACUGAAGUUCAACUGAAUGUGCUUUUUGUUCAAAAUCUUGUUUGGGGGGAAAAAAAGUAUUUGUGAUGAUUAAUGUAUGGAGUAGACUCCCUUGCCUCAGUUUACGGAAGGACACUUUUCGGACCCAGAGGUAUAUGCGUGUACAACAAACAAAUAAAGAUCUUUGCAAAAUGUUUGCAUGUAAUCUUGCAAUUUUAUAAUGUGGACAUAAGAAUUGUAUUCACUUCUAUAAUAUACUAGAACAUACAUAUCAUUUUUUUGUCUCUUUUCAGAUUGCCUUUAUGUCCUGCAUGUGCAGUAUUGUUUACUUAACAUGUAUAUUUAUAUAGUCAAGUUCAGCUCUGUUAGUCAUAAUGAUUCAGGUUUGUUGCUCUAUAGUAGUUUGCAUUUAUUCUUGAUUUGACAUUUGUUUUAUUUUGCCUAUUAUGUUUUGCAGAAACCAGAAAGGGUUGUUUUUUUAAAGAUUUUAUUUUUAAAAAAAUGAACUUGUAUAACAAUGGUUUUAUUCUGCAUACCUCAAUACUGAUUUUUUGUCAAAAUAUUUUUUUUUCAAAUUUAUUCAGAAUAUGAAUAUAUAUAGCUUGGUGCUGCAGUAGUUUUCUCCACUAAAAUUAUAUUGAUUAGGUUAAUUAUGCCAAAUUUUAUUUUACAUUUAAUUAAUGUAAAAAAAAAAUACUGUUGAAUGCCAAAUGGAAAAAAAAGAUUGUUUGAAAAUAGUGAGUUUUUGUACACUUGGUAAAUUUAAUAUGUUGAAAAGGGUAUGCCAAAAAACUUUUGAGUUGUGGCUUUAUAAUGUUUCAUUGUCCAAUUAAAACUAAAGAGGUAUCUCGAUAUUAAGGGACCUGAUCUCUUGUAGCAUUAAAUAUUGUACUGUACAUGUUUCAAAACUUUUAGAAUAUAUUAACAGGAAUCUCAAGAUGAAUUAUUUUGUUUUGAAAUAUUGAUUUACUUGUUACUUUUCCAGAAAAAAUGUACAUUUUGCAUAAUUUUUAGUUUUUUUCCUGCCAUUUGCAUGGUGACUUUGGUUGUGAUGAAUUGUGAUUUUCUUGGGAAGCUUGUGCAUUAAUAUUAAAAACUUCCAAUA